AUGCCGCCAGCUUCCCGCCCCGCUGCCGCCUCCUCCGCUCCACCCGCGCCGCCCCGCCGCCUCCGACGCCGCCGCCCGCUCAAAGCCACACUAUCCACCGCCGCAGGCGCCGGCGCUGGAGCUGCCCGCCGCGGCGGCCCCGAGACCCCCCAUCUCCGUUGGGCCGCGCCUGGCGGCGAGGGCAACGCCGGCGCGGAGAGGCCGCGCGGAGACCCGCCCUCCUCCUCCGUCAGGCGCCUGGCCGCGGCGGUGUGGCGGCUGCGGCCAACCGAGGAGGCACCCGCCGCUGGCCAGCAUGACGCCGCCUCCCGUGUCGGCCUCGAGCAUAUACCGAGACAUCUACAAACUCACCUUCUGAGCAAGAAUCCUCUUAGUUACCACCAUAGUCUGAAAAAAGACAUUUCAAGCCCCAACUCUGCCCUGGGGCCACAUAGUGGAGAGCUCCACAAGGUACACCUUCGUCUUUCCUCUGGUGUGGAGGAUGCAACAAAAUGGGAGCAUAUAAACAUAAAGAGCAUAGAACCAGAUGGUGCCUAUGUGAUUGCUAGCCAACUAAAUCUUGUUGAGGAACAGAAAGGGGGCAGCUAUGUUGCUAGCCUUGAGUUGGAGCUUCAGCAGGCGCGGGAUAGGAGACACAAGAAAGUUCGAGCAAUUCUUGAAGAUAUGAAGGCUGAUCUGGAGCAUGAGAAAAAGAACCGGAGGCAGUUGGAGACUAUUAACUUCAAGCUUGUUGAUGAGUUGAAAGAGGUCAAAAUGGCCGCGAAGCAGCUAUUGCAGGAGUAUGACAGCGAGCAGAAGACACGGGAACUCAUGGAGGAGGUGUGCAACAAGCUAGUGAGGGAGAUAGAGGAACACAAGUCAGAGAUCGAAGCCUUGAAACAGGAUUCUGUCAAACUGCGGGGUGAGCUGGAUGAGGAUAGGAAAUUGCUACAGAUGGCUGAGGUGUGGCGUGAGGAGCGAGUGCAGAUGAAACUUGUGGAUGCCAAGCUCACUCUUGAGGCCAAAUAUGAACAGUUGAGCAAACUGCAGGAGGAUGUGGAGGCUUUCAUUUCAACUUUCAGCUCUUCCAAAGGAGACAGCACAAUUGUUGAGGCGGCACACAACACUGUACGGGCCAUUGGGUCAGCCAGAGACCAAGAGGUUGAAUUCACGUAUGAGCUACCAAGAGCAUCAGAAGAUAUACUGUCCAUCUUUGAAGAGCUAUGCCCAAGCGAAGAGACAGAGACAAAGGAAACUGAACCAUGCCCAAAGAAAGAAAUCCAAGAAGCUAGCCCAACAACUGAUAUAUUUCUGGAAAAUCGAGACAAAUUGUUCCCAGAUGGAAUCCAUUCUGAUGAGAGCGACACGGAAGAUGGUAGCAGCUGGGAGACCAUGAGCCAUGAAGAGAUGCAAGGUUCAAGCCACUCACCAUAUGGAAGCGAACCUUCAGUCAACAAGAUCUUUGACAGAAUUUCAUGGACCAGUGGAAACGAUUCUGAGGGUGAGCAGAUCAACAAACUGUGUGAUGACUUGAGCAAUGUGUACCUGACAGACAUGAAACAGUCCAAGAAGAAAGAGUCCGCCAUAUCAAAGCUGUGGAAGUCAUCUCCACUGAAAAACUGUGAACUCCGUACAAAAGAUGUUCCAGAGAUGAUAAAUGGGAGAUUAUCAAGUGCAAGUCUUCCAAAUGGUGUGUACUCUACUGCCAAAGGAUCAAAUCUAGAUAUGGGAGACAGCACCCCAAGCACAGCGCAAUGGAGCUCACCAGACUCGAUGAACAGCCAGCUCAACCGGGGUUUCAGAGGCUGCAUGGAGAUGGUUCAGAGGCAGAGCCUGAAGGCAAAGCUCCUAGAAGCUCGGAUGGAGAGCCAGAAGAUUCAGCUCCGUCAUGUGCUCAACCAGAAAACCUAA